GGGAGGAAGGGACAAACAGUGCUGCCCAAAGAGUGACCAAGAGGGUGGUUUGGGGGGACAGGAGGAGAAUUUCACAGGGAGAGAUAAAGCUACAAGCGCCUGGUGAGGAGGGUUCUGAGCAAGGAGUGUGGACAGAGUAUCUGGAAAUAGCCCGGGGUGAGAGGAGCUGUUAGGGGAAGGGACAGGACUCUUUCAAGAGGGAGCAAUAGCCGGGAUCCCAAGAAUCCAGUCAGCCUAAACUGACCGAGGAAGGGUGCACAGGCAGGGGAGAAGGCCAGCGACAGGGCCACAGCGAGGCAGGCUCCAGAGCGCCGCGGGAUGAACUUCACGGUGGGUUUCAAGCCGCUGCUAGGGGAUGCGCACAACAUGGACAACUUGGAGAAGCAGCUCAUUUGCCCCAUCUGCCUGGAGAUGUUCUCCAAGCCCGUGGUGAUCUUGCCUUGCCAACACAACCUGUGCCGCAAGUGUGCCAACGACGUCUUUCAGGCCUCUAAUCCUCUGUGGCAAUCCCGGGGCUCCACAACGGUGUCUUCAGGAGGACGUUUCCGAUGCCCAUCUUGUAGGCACGAGGUUGUCCUGGACAGGCAUGGGGUCUAUGGCCUGCAGCGGAACCUGCUAGUGGAGAACAUCAUUGACAUCUACAAACAGGAGUCCUCCCGGCCACUGCAUGCCAAGGCUGAACAGCACCUCAUGUGUGAGGAGCACGAGGAUGAGAAGAUCAACAUCUACUGCCUGAGCUGCGAGGUGCCCACCUGCUCUCUCUGCAAGGUCUUUGGCGCCCACAAGGACUGUGAGGUGGCCCCUCUGCCCACCAUUUACAAACGCCAGAAGAGUGAGCUGAGCGAUGGUAUCGCGAUGCUGGUGGCGGGCAAUGACCGAGUGCAGGCAGUGAUCACGCAGAUGGAGGAGGUGUGCCAGACCAUUGAGGACAACAGCCGCAGACAGAAGCAACUGUUAAACCAGAGGUUCGAAACCCUGUGCGCGGUUUUGGAGGAGCGCAAGGGCGAGCUGCUUCAAGCACUGGCCCGGGAGCAGGAGGAGAAGUUGCAGCGCGUGCGGGGCCUCAUCCGCCAGUACGGAGACCACUUGGAGGGCUCCUCGAAGCUGGUGGAGUCCGCCAUCCAGUCCAUGGAGGAGCCGCAGAUGGCUCUCUACCUCCAGCAGGCAAAGGAGCUGAUCAACAAGGUCGGGGCAAUGUCGAAGGUGGAGCUGGCAGGACGGCCGGAGCCAGGCUACGAGAGCAUGGAGCAAUUCUCUGUGAGCGUGGAGCACGUGGCCGAAAUGUUGCGAACCAUCGACUUCCAGCCCGGCGCCACUGGGGAUGAAGAGGAUGACGACGUGGCUUUGGAUGGGGAGGAGGGCAAUGCGGGGCUGGAGGAGGAGCGGCUGGACGUGCCAGAAGGCCUGCACUGACCCGACUCUGAUCCAGAGCGCACACCCGCAGCGGGAGCCAAGGGAUGCUGAGGAUCUGCGCAGAGACCACCGCGCCACCAAGCUCGGCCUCCCGCCCCCGGGAAGGUUCUCAAUAAAGGACUCAUGUGUCCUACGUCCUCGGCUCCU